CGCCGGCGCUGCACGGGAGUCAGCCUGCCGCCGCCGCCGCCGCCGCCUGCUUUGUGCUUCCCACAGAAGAUGGGAGCGACCUCUUCCUGAUCGGGAGCUGUUUAAAAGAAGGGAGUGCUCCGUGUUUCCUACUAGCGUGGAGGAACGGAGAAGAAUCCAUUCACACUCCCCAAACCAGGUUGUGACAGUUGGAAGUGUCGUGUACAACAUGCUGCGAUUAAGUCUUUCACCCACCUUUUCAAUGGGAUUACAUCUGUUAGUUGUCCUGGCUCUCUUAUUUUCCCAUGUGGACCACGUAAUUGCGGAGACAGAUAUGGAAGGAGAAGGAAAUGAAACUGGUGAAUGUACUGGCUCAUAUUACUGUAAGAAAGGGGUGAUUUUGCCCAUCUGGGAGCCCCAAGACCCUUCUUUUGGGGACAAAAUUGCUAGAGCUACUGUGUAUUUUGUGGCCAUGGUCUACAUGUUUCUUGGAGUCUCUAUCAUAGCUGAUCGGUUCAUGUCCUCUAUAGAAGUCAUCACAUCUCAAGAAAAAGAAAUAACCAUAAAGAAACCCAAUGGAGAGACCACCAAGACAACUGUGAGGAUCUGGAACGAGACCGUUUCCAACCUGACCUUGAUGGCCCUGGGUUCUUCUGCUCCUGAGAUUCUCCUUUCAGUAAUUGAAGUGUGCGGCCAUAACUUCACUGCAGGAGACCUCGGUCCUAGCACCAUCGUGGGAAGUGCUGCGUUCAAUAUGUUCAUCAUUAUUGCACUCUGUGUUUACGUGGUCCCUGACGGAGAGACAAGGAAGAUUAAGCAUUUGCGUGUGUUCUUCGUGACGGCAGCCUGGAGCAUCUUUGCCUACACCUGGCUUUACAUUAUUUUGUCUGUCAUCUCUCCUGGCGUUGUGGAGGUCUGGGAAGGUUUGCUUACUUUCUUCUUCUUUCCCAUCUGUGUUGUGUUUGCUUGGGUAGCAGAUAGGAGACUUCUCUUUUAUAAGUAUGUCUACAAGAGGUAUCGAGCUGGCAAGCAAAGGGGCAUGAUUAUUGAACACGAAGGAGACAGGCCAUCUUCCAAGACUGAAAUUGAAAUGGAUGGGAAAGUGGUCAAUUCUCAUGUUGACAGUUUCUUAGAUGGUGCUCUGGUUCUGGAGGUGGAUGAGAGGGACCAAGAUGAUGAAGAAGCUAGGCGAGAAAUGGCUAGGAUUCUGAAGGAACUUAAGCAGAAACAUCCAGAGAAAGAAAUAGAGCAAUUAAUAGAAUUAGCUAACUACCAAGUCCUAAGUCAGCAGCAAAAAAGUAGAGCCUUUUACCGCAUUCAAGCUACCCGCCUGAUGACAGGAGCUGGCAACAUUUUAAAACGGCAUGCAGCUGACCAAGCAAGGAAGGCUGUCAGCAUGCAUGAGGUCAACACUGAAGUGGCUGAAAACGACCCUGUUAGUAAGAUCUUCUUUGAACAAGGGACAUAUCAGUGCCUGGAGAACUGUGGUACUGUGGCCCUUACUAUUAUCCGCAGAGGUGGUGAUUUGACCAACACUGUGUUUGUGGACUUCAGAACGGAGGAUGGCACAGCAAAUGCUGGGUCUGAUUAUGAAUUUACUGAAGGAACUGUGGUGUUUAAGCCUGGUGAGAUGCAGAAGGAAAUUAGAGUGGGUAUCAUUGAUGAUGAUAUCUUUGAGGAGGAUGAAAAUUUCCUUGUGCAUCUCAGCAAUGUCAAAGUAUCUUCCGAAGCUUCAGAAGAUGGCAUACUGGAAGCCAAUCAUGUUUCUACACUUGCUUGCCUCGGUUCUCCCUCCACUGCCACUGUAACUAUUUUUGAUGAUGACCACGCAGGCAUUUUUACUUUUGAGGAACCUGUGACUCACGUGAGUGAGAGCAUUGGCAUCAUGGAGGUGAAAGUAUUGAGAACAUCUGGAGCUCGAGGAAAUGUUAUUGUUCCAUAUAAAACCAUUGAAGGAACUGCCAGAGGUGGAGGCGAGGAUUUUGAAGACACCUGUGGAGAGCUCGAAUUCCAGAAUGAUGAAAUUGUCAAAACAAUAUCAGUCAAGGUAAUUGAUGAUGAGGAGUAUGAGAAAAACAAGACCUUCUUCCUUGAGAUUGGAGAGCCCCGCCUGGUGGAGAUGAGUGAGAAGAAAGCCCUGUUAUUGAAUGAGCUUGGUGGCUUCACAAUAACAGGAAAAUACCUGUAUGGCCAACCUGUCUUCAGGAAGGUUCAUGCUAGAGAACAUCCGAUUCCCUCUACUGUAAUCACCAUUGCAGAUGAAUACGAUGACAAGCAGCCACUGACCAGCAAAGAGGAAGAGGAAAGGCGCAUUGCAGAAAUGGGGCGUCCCAUCCUGGGAGAGCACACCAAGUUGGAAGUGAUCAUUGAAGAAUCCUAUGAAUUCAAGAGUACUGUGGACAAACUCAUUAAGAAGACAAACCUGGCCCUUGUGGUUGGGACAAACAGCUGGAGAGAACAGUUCAUUGAAGCUAUCACUGUCAGUGCUGGGGAAGAUGAUGAUGAUGAUGAAUGUGGGGAAGAAAAGCUGCCCUCCUGUUUUGAUUAUGUGAUGCACUUUCUGACUGUGUUCUGGAAGGUCCUCUUUGCCUUCGUUCCUCCUACUGAAUACUGGAAUGGCUGGGCGUGUUUCAUUGUCUCCAUCCUCAUGAUUGGCCUACUGACAGCUUUCAUCGGAGACCUGGCUUCCCAUUUCGGCUGCACCAUUGGCCUGAAAGAUUCUGUGACUGCAGUUGUGUUCGUCGCACUUGGGACAUCAGUGCCAGACACAUUUGCCAGCAAAGUGGCAGCCACACAGGACCAGUAUGCAGACGCCUCCAUAGGUAACGUCACGGGCAGCAACGCGGUGAACGUCUUCCUGGGAAUCGGUGUGGCCUGGUCCAUCGCUGCCAUCUACCACGCAGCCAAUGGGGAACAGUUCAAAGUGUCCCCUGGCACGCUAGCUUUCUCUGUCACUCUCUUCACCAUCUUUGCUUUCAUCAAUGUGGGGGUGCUGCUGUAUCGGCGGAGGCCAGAAAUCGGAGGUGAGCUGGGUGGGCCCCGGACUGCCAAGCUCCUCACAUCCUGCCUCUUUGUGCUCCUAUGGCUCUUGUACAUUUUCUUCUCCUCCCUGGAGGCCUACUGCCACAUAAAAGGCUUCUAAAGGAACUAUCAGAUAUAGUAAAUUUAUAUAUAUAUAUAUAUAUAUAUACACAUAUAUAUAUACAUAAAAAAUUAUGUAUAACGAACAGAGGAAACUGACAUUUGUCAUGUUCACUUACCUGCUGAUGGAAUCCAGCUUCAAGAGCAUAACUCUCUGUACUAGGGCCGAAGUCAAAAACGAUCACCUCCCACUCCCAGGGGCAUCAUCAUGUUGAACAAGGCACGGAGGCAGGGCCAUCUUUGCAGCUCAGUCUAGAAGGGCUGCACUCUUUCCAGGUUCAUAAAUCCUUAAGGCUUUGAUUUGUUUUCUUGAUUUUGAUUUUGUUUUCAGAGGGGCUGGGGAGGUAGUUGAUGUUUGGCUUUGUUUUUGUUAUUUUGUUGUGUUUUGUUUUGUUGGGAGGGUCAGGGUUGUUGCUUUUCUUUGUGGGAAGUGAAACCAUCCAAAUGUAAAUGGGUUUUUGGUCAAAAUCUAAAUCACUGAGAUUCCCCCUCACCUUCCCCAACCACUUUAAAAAUUAUUUUGGAUUAAGAAAAAAUUGGGGCAUGGAAGAAGAAAGAAGCAUGUCUUCAUUGUAUUACCAAAGUUCAUGCUUAUCUCCAGAAUGUGAGCAGAGGUGAAGCUGCCUCCAAGAAGAAGCAUGAGAGUGGAAUGGAGCCAGGAAAUCUGAUGUUUUUAGAUGUAGUCUGACAUUUAAGGAUGUGAUGCCUGGCACUCUUGUUUAACAGGUACAAGGAAAACGUGCCUAGAUUCCCAGGAACAUGCAAAAUGCUUUCUUUCUCAUCUGUUUAGCUCUGGACCAUGAUAAGCAAGGCCCUUCUUCUGGCAUCCAGCCCAGCUAAACCCCCAGGUGCCCCCUCCCCGCCCUGUUCCUCCUGUCCACCUGCCAUCCCCUAUGCAUACAGGAACAAUAACCCCAUUCAAAAACCACAUCAUCCUUUUCCAUUUGCAUUAAUACAUGUCCCCGUCCCAUGUUGAUGUUGCUUGGGAUUGUCUGUCAGUUUUAUUUUCAAAGGCAUCCAUGGCUUGCACCAUCCCGUUCCAGUCAUGACUGAACAUUUGCUCCUUCUACAUGUGCCUGUUUGGAAAUGUUGUUGUGAUAACUGUUACACAGUGCAUGGAUGAAAAACAAAUAAAACAAAGCGUAUCUGUAUAUA